AUGGAUCUCCCUUCGCCGUCUUCACCCCAGCCAAAUGUCCCUUCCCCGCUCAAUCCUACCUUUACCCAUAACACCGAACUCGAGGCCAAACUGGCGCCGUUCUUCCGCCGCCAACGCCUCGACCUUGCUAUCGCAGUAAUUCUGCACGCCCUAGAAACGACGUCGGGGUCGAGGUCGAGAACAAUCCCCUCGCACGAGCAGGUCGAAAGGAUACUUCGCGAGCACCGGGAUCUCGAAGAGAUUGCCGUGCGGGCUGUUUUAGUCACGCAAUCUGAUGCGGAGCUGUCUGACCGCCUCGCGAGUAUACCCUCUACGACCCUAUUCCCACCACCGCGGGAUGAUGAUAAGUGGGAAGAUGACACGGACUUCGUUGGGAUGCGCGCGACGCUCGAGUCUUGGAGCCGUCCAUUCCGGGGUACCGCACACGAAGCCUUAUGGGAGCAUAUACAAGUCUAUUCGGCCAGUGAUCACUCAUACCGUCCCUAUACCGCCAUUGUUCAGUCGUCGGGGACGGGCAAGUCGAGGUGUGUGGAUGAGCUGGGCAAGCGGCAGCUGGUGAUACCCGUCAAUCUACGCGAUCCUGAGAGCAAGGGCUUCCCCGCAUCGGACAAAUCAGUGCACAACUACCUCGUCAAAGAUCUGACAUCUUCAACCGAUAUCGCGAUCCGGAUGGACGCCUUUAUAUACGCGCUACUGUACCAUCUACGCAAAGUCAUUCUCGAGAGAUACAUGACCGACUCUGAGGAUCCAGCGGACGCCGAAAGUCUUCCUCUGUUUAUACACGACUUCAUGACCGACGGGCAGACCUUCGCUACGCAAGGUCCUGCAAGGGUCGGUUUCUAUUCUGCCGUGGUGGCUUGCGCAGAAGAGCUCGAGAAAGACGCGCAGAAGGCGUCGAUUGAACAGCAGGGACACCCUUCGAAUCCGCCCCAGAUCAGAUAUCCGUCGCCUCUGAGUCGCGAGGGGUGCGAAACGACACGAGAUAUGGCGCGCAAACUCGUCGAGGCGUGCAUCGUAGCCGGGCAUAACCCCGAGUCGCAUCUAGCGGUCAUCAUCGCGUUCGACGAAGCGCAUCAUCUCGACAGGGUCCAAACCCGCAAGCGCUCAUCGACUCCGAGUCCGUUCGACCAUCUGCGGCGUACACUGCGUACCCUACGAGGCUCCCUAGUCUACUCCUUGUUUCUCUCUACGACAUUCAAGUUGAAGAUGACCCAAUUCGCGGCACCGGAUCACUCGCAUCGUCUGUCCAGCGGUGCUCUGAUCGACUCGCCCCCGUUUACUGCGCUAGGCUGGGAUUACCUGGCAAAGCCGAUACCCAACUCUCGCGAGGGGAUCGACUUUGGCGAUAUCGGGCCUGAUUGGCAGGUCUUCCUCGGACGCCCCAUGUGGGGAAGCCGCUACGAAGCGAUUCUUCGCAGCGGAAGUGGAAGUGGAAUGGACAUGGCUUACGCGCUUGGCGACGUCCAACGCUUCGCGACUUCGAAGUUGCUCUGUCUCGAGUAUAACGACCCCAUCAUUCCCCAUGGCUACUUCACCACGUCCCGCCAGAUAGCCUGCCUGUCACAGCGUCUGCCACUCGACUUUCUGCCGACCGCUCACAGCCUACCGGGUCAGGCAGAGCUCGAACAAGUGGAGAAACAUCUGCGCGUCUGUCUCACGAUCCACGAUGACUCUAGCAGUCCGAGUCUCGUCACGCUGAGCCCGUCGGAACCCGUUCUGUCAGAGGCCGCUAGCGAGGUUAUGCGGUACAACGCUGGCGAGGUCUUUGCGCCGCGCGUUUUGUCGCAGCUUAUGCGGGACGCUGCUGUCGAUGCGGGCGAGCGCGGCGAGAUGGUCGGGAUGCUUCUGCUGACGCUCGCACGGGAUGCGGCCGUUCAAUCGCUGGCCACACAUCAACCUUCGAGCCCGAGUCCGGACUUCGUACCCGUCCUGUCUUUCCUCGAACAUCUCUUCCACAGUCCUUCCUCUCCAUCCGAAAACCCCUCCGUUGAGAACAUCUUCGACGCAAAGCCCUCCGUCUACACAUCCUCCACGUCCAAAGACGAAACCCUCGCCUCGGCCUUCGCCGGAGUAUCGCUGCACUUCAACCACUUCAUCAGGCGCGGCGCGCAGAAGCUCGACAUGCAGGACUUCUUGAAGUUCUUCGUGCGCAAUGCUGCGGUUCUAGGUCCUAGAUCUUCGAGUCAGUCGGGGUUCGAUUUGGGGUUUAUGAUGUGUAGGGGCCAUUUUGUGCGGGAGGACGAGGCGGGGCUGUUUCUUGUUCGAGUUCUCAACGAGCCGCGGUCCAGCGCGAGUGCCGAGGAGGUCUUCCAUCUCAUGGACCCUGUACAACUGGGCAUCCUCGCGCCCAGUCAAACACUCGCCGUCCCCGUCAUCCGCCUCGUGAUGUCCCUCGCUGGAACGACACCUGCGCUCACGUAUCGCAAGUCGCAGACGAAAGGCGCGUUUACGGCGUACGAUGUAUAUGCGUCGGGUCUAGACGAGAGCGUUUAUGGUGUUGUUGGUGGGGAGGGGAGGUUGUGGGAUGAUAUGCUCGGGGCUUCGAGGAGGGUUGGUGAGGAGCGUGGUGAGCGUGUGGAGGAGGUGGAGAGGAGGAUGGCGCAUGAGUCCGAUGCUUGGUAUAAGGUUGUGGGUAUGUUGGAUAGCGAUUGA